AGCUCAUUAAUCCCCGUCGUCUUUCGUCUUCCCUUUUCGAGCCCGAAUCCGAGAGCUCCUCGCUAGGGUUCAAAGAGCAAAAGAAAACCCUCAGAAAACCAGCGGCCGCAGUGAGAGCAGCAAUGGUGAGGCUGACGGCGGAUUUGGUAUGGAAGAGCCCUCACUUCUUCAACGCGAUCAAAGAGCGCGAGCUCGACCUCCGAGGGAACAAGAUCGCUGUUAUCGAGAACUUGGGCGCUACUGAGGACCAGUUUGAUACCAUAGAUUUGUCUGACAAUGAGAUUGUUAAGCUUGAAAAUUUCCCUUACUUGAAUCGUCUUGGCACGUUGCUGAUUAACAAUAACAGAAUUACCCGUAUCAACCCCAACAUUGGAGAGUACUUGCCUAAAUUGCACACUUUGGUUCUUACAAACAACCGUCUUGUCAAUUUGGUAGAGAUCGAUCCACUUGCAUCUCUUCCCAAGCUACAGACCCUUAGUUUACUGGACAAUAACAUCACAAAGAAACCAAAUUAUCGUCUUUAUGUGAUCCACAAAUUAAAAGGCUUGCGGUUGCUAGAUUUCAGGAAAGUUAAACAAAGGGAAAGGGAUGAAGCAGCAAAAUUGUUUGCGUCCAAGGAAGCAGAGGAGGAGGCCAAAAAGGUGCCUGCAAAGACAUUUACUCCUGGUGAGGUUCCAGAUGCAACGGAUGUUUCAAAAAUAGAGCAAGCUCCUAAGGUUGUGGCGCCCACGCCAGAGCAGAUUACAGCUAUUAAGGCUGCAAUUGUGAACGCUCAAACACUCGAGGAAGUUGCUAGGCUGGAAAAGGCUUUGCAGUCAGGCCAGAUUCCUUCGGAUUUUGUUAUUCCAGGCCAGAAUGAUACGGACAUGGCCUCGGUUACGGCCAAAGAUGACAAGAUGGACGCUGAUGGUCCCGAUCAAUCUGACAAGGAUCAAAAGAAUGAACAAAAUGAAAGCAAAGAAGACCAGAAACAAGAGAAUGAUGGCCCUGUGCCUAUUGAGCAGGAUUAGGCUAUUGCAGUGCGCUAUCGGCUCGUUCGAUCAAUAUACUCCGUAGAGAGUGGAAAGGUUCUUAAUAGAUUUUCUUCUCAACCGGCUUGUAUUAGAUUCUUGAGGUCUUUUCUGAAGCUUUUUGGUCAAGUUCGUCAAAGACAGCAAUAUUUUGGCAUCGCAUUAUCUUAUUUAGAACCAUCAACUAUCUUUUCGAAAUUAAGCCUGUUACGGCAACUCACGAGUCUCUCAGCAUUUUGUAAUAUUGUGCUGCGAAUUACUGCAGGAGAUGGUGAUGGUAACAACAUCGAAUGCGCUGUAUAUUAUAUAUCAAACAUGUUAUAAUCUAGUUUCCGCAGGCUAAAUCUGUUUAGGAUGUUUAUGUUAGCUUUUGAAUUUUGCUGACAUUCCAAGUUUUCUGACUGAUUAGUAUAAAUUCCAAGGAGAUGUGAUGGUAAUC